AACGGACGGACGGAGCGUUGAACGAAAGCCGUUGAGUAUUGUAUUUCGAGACUGUUUUUGCAUUUCGCAUAGUUUAUUUAUUUAUUUGAGUGUUUUAUAUUAAAAAUAAUGUUCUCCAAAGCCAAAAGAUUUGAACCAUUAUCUCUGAAAAACCAGACAAAAGAAACAAAGCAGCCAGAUUCCGAGAAAGUGAAGCCAACCAGUCAACCGGAACCCGAGAAAGUAAAGCUAACAAACCUGCCAGAGUCUGAAAAAGUGAAGCCAACUAAGAAUCUAGAUCUUGAGAAAAAGCAAAUUAAACAGGCAGACUCUGAAAAAGGGAAGCAAACAAAACAGCUAGAGUCUGAAAAACCAAAGCCAAAUGUGAAAGCCCCAGUUUUGAGCAAGCCAAAGUCUAUUGUCACACCAGCAAAGGCAAAAACCAGCAGCGAUGUGCAGUCCCAGUGCAGCUCCAUUCCCAGCGUCAAAUCUUUCCUCACUCCUAAACCAAUUACCAAUAAAAAAAUUAUUAAGCCACCGUCUAGUCUCAAAAAGCCUGUACACUCAAGUCAAAAACCGAGUGGCAACAAAAUUCAAAGCUGUAAGGUAGCCACUGAAGAUGUCAUCAAAGCCCAAGAAGCUGAAAUAAGGAACAAGGACUACACUAUUAAUGAAUAUAACAAGCAAAUUGAACAACUCAAAAAUGAAAUUGCUAAUUUACAAAAACAAAUGAAGGAAACUACCAAAAAUGUUAACACUACUGACAGUAUAAAUAAACAGCUAUCACAGAUAUCUCUAAAAGAUGAUUCAGAAGAAUCUAAAGCCAAAGACAGUGCUAAUAAAAAUAUGGACAAAGAUAAUACAGAAAUGAUUGCAAUAUAUGAACUUAAAAUUGCUGAAAUUGAACUUCUCUGUGAGAAAUUAGAACAAGAAGUGAGCAGUAAACAAGUAGAGCUGACUUCUCUUGAAGAAGUUAUAACGAUUAGAGAUAGUCUGUGUCAGGAUCUUCAAGAGAAACUGAGCAAUAUGGAAUCUGUAUUAGAAGAAACUAGGUCUAGACUUGAAAUGGUUAAGGGACAUCAUGCCUUAGCUCUAGAAGCCAAUGAGAGCAUUCGGCGGGAGUACAAGGCUGAGCUUGAAAGCUUGAAGUCUAAAUUUGAAGAAGAAAAGCAAGCUAUUAUAAGUAGAUCAAAAACAGAACAGGAUAGCAUUAGAGAACAUUACAGCAUUAUCAUUGAAUCCAUUAAGAAUCAGUUGACUAAAGAAAAAGAUGACUUGGUAAAUGAUUUACAACAACAAUUGGCAAAUAAGGACAAUGAAAUGAAAGCAAAACUUGAACAGAUUGAUGAGGCUACUCAUGAAAAGGUGAGACUCUGUGAGAUUCAGUUUGAAGAGCGUAGUCGCUCAAUCCAAGAACACUGGACCCAACAACAAGAAAAAAUAUUCUCUCUUGAAAAAGAAACCAAGGAUCUUAAAUAUAGCAUUAGCAUGGCAGAACAGAAAAAUCAGUAUUUACAAAGGGACUUUGAUGCUCUAAAGAAGGAAUGUGAAAUUCUAAAAUCUGAAAAAGAAAGCAUCUUUAAAGAGACUACUGAACUGAAAGAUGAAACAAAGAAGAAAUUUAUAGAUUUUGAAAAUGAAAUCAAUAAACUCACAGUAGAGGUGGACAAGACGAGCAAGGAGAAACGUCAGUUUGAAAUGUCCCUCUCUGUAACUAGAGAUAUUGUUCAAGUUCUCACAAUGAGGCUGCGGGAAUCUGAUAGUGAAUUGGAACAUUUGGAAGAAAAAGUUAAAUCCUUGACUGAUGCCAAAGAGGCUCUUGAGAAUGAAGUUAGUACCUACAAAAGCUCUUUAAAUAACGCUCUUCUAGAAUGCAACGAGUAUAAGGAAGCUUUGGUCAAUAUUCUGAAGUCGAAAGCGGCGCUGGCGAAAGAGCACACGCGUAUAAUGGAGCACAACGUCACGCUCAUCGAGAGCCUGCAAAACGUCGAAAAAGAGGCGUAUCGUGAACUCGGCACUAUACAGAGUGAACUUAUUGAAGAUGUGGAGAUGAUAAAAAAGGAGUCAAAAUCUCAAAUUAAAGUUUUGCAAGAUGAGGUGAAAAAGCGCGCGCUGUGCUCGCUGGCCACGGAGCAGGCGGCGGCGGCGGCGGCGGGCGCGGAGGCGGCGCGCGCGCUGCUGGCGCACGCGGCCGCCGAGCUGGCGCGCUGCGACAACGACAACCGGCGUCUGCACGCACAGAUACAAGACCAGCAAUCGCUGGUAGUGGAGCUGUCCCUGCUGCGACAGGAGAACGAGGAACUGACCAUGACCGUGGCAAAGCAGUCAUCUCUUAUCGACAAGCUGAAGAAGGACGCGGAGACUCACGUCGCGCCCAAAUCCCCCUCCGUCAUGCGCAAGGCCCAUAAAAUCGGCAAAGAAAACUUGCCCGCUGUCAUCAGCCCCCUUAGAGAACGCAAUCACUGAAUGUGAUAUGUACGAUUUCCGAACUUCCAUCAACAACGUACCCAAAGUAGGCAGCCACUGGUCUAAAACGCAAAAUGUCCACAAUAUUUUAUCCAUUUUAUCGUAACUUUAAAGCAAUAUCGACAUCCUGUGUAGUUUGGCCAUUUAAAGAUACCUAGCGAACCUAACCUACCUAUACCUGGACAUUUUGCAUUUUAGACCAGACUAUAUUUACGCCCAAAUUAUCGGACUUACAGGUAUUUUUUUUAUAUUUACCUGUAUUUUUUAUCAAUUGUUAAAACUGUUUGCCCUCAUGACAUAAUCUCAUUAAAUAAUAUCAAAUGAAUGAUACGAGCAAGGCUUAAUUCAUACUAAUUAGAACACCAAUUAUAAUCUUCAUAAAACCUACAAGGGGUAUCCUUAAUAAGCCUGUUGAUAUUAUUGUAAAUACCUAAGAGAUUCUUUUCGGCAUCUUAGGUUAAUUUUAGGAUUAGGACCCACCAGACCUGUGUUAUUUCCGUUAGUGUUUGUUUUGGAUUUGUAAAGACUGUUAUAAUAAAUCAUGUGUUGUUAUAAUAUUUGGAAACAUUAUGUUUACUUGUUCGAUAUAGUAAUAUAAAUACCAAAAAUCUGUAUUUAAAAGACUGUUUGUUAAGAAAUCUGAAAAUCCAUUAUCAUUAGGUAUUCCUAUGUUUACUGAGUUAGGAUUCGUUUGUAUGUUAAUUUAUUACAAAAUUUAAAUUAUCUUAUUUAAGAUAUUGUCUGAUAGGUACUCGUGAAAUAUGCGUGUGCACAAUAAAUUUAUGAGAAUUGUAA